AUGGAAAUCUUUGCUAAAGCAUACGAUGUCAAAGUCUGGAGAGUCAUUAAAAAGGGAAACUAUCCCCUACCUGCUAGCACUCCACCACUUGCUGAUCCUCAUGAUAUAGAUUCAUACUCAAAAGAGAAACUGGAAGCGGUACAAGUGAAUAACAAGGCAAGAAAUCUGCUUCACAAUGCUAUAAGUGGUGAGGAAUACGAGAAAAUAUCGAGUUGUGAUACAGCCAAAGAGAUGUGGGAUAAACUUGAGGUCACCUAUGAGGGAACCAGCAAAGUAAAGGAAACUCACAUCAACAUGCUAGUUCAUGACUACAGACCCUUCUCAAUGAAAGAAGGAGAAUCCAUUGAAGAAAUGUUUGCCAGGUUUAGUAAGAUAAUUAGUGACUUAAUGGCAUUUGGCAAGCCCUACACCAGUGGUGAUCAAGUCAGAAAAAUUCUCAGAAUGCGAGGAGAACUCAUUGCUUUCGAAAGGACGCAUUUAAAAAAGACAAAUCAAGAGGAGAAAAAGAAAAUAGUUGCAUUCAAAACCUCUACUGAAAUGGCUGAAAAUGAAAUUGAUGAUCCUGAAGCUCUACAAGAAGAGAUUGCCAUGAUGUCUAGAAAUAUGGAUGGAUUGAUGAGGAGAUACAGAAAUACAAAGAAAGGAAGAUUCCCACCAAGACGAUCCAGGCAAUACAAUGAACAAGAUAAAAACGAUGGAAAAUGCUACGAAUGUGGAUGCUGGACAGAUGAAGAUGAUUCAGAUGACGAGAACUGUUUCAUGGCACGGGGUGAAACUAGUGAAGUAAGAUCUUAUGACUGCGAAAGAUGUGACAAAAACCUGUUCAAGGAAGUUACAAAGAUCAAUGGAGGAAGUGUAAAAUUCAGAGACGAUUCAAGGGGCAAAAUAGUUGGCACCGGAACAAUUCCUUUCAAUAACAACUGUGACAUUACUGAAGUAUACCUCGUUGAUAGCCUAAACUACAAUCUCUUGAGCAUAAGUCAACUCUGCGACUCAGGAUAUGAGGUAAAGUUUAAAAGAAUAGGUGUGCUAUUGAAGACGAAUCAGGAUGAAGCCAUAAGAAACUUUGAAGUUUUCGGCAAAAAGGUUGAAAGAGAAAAGGGAUAUCUGAUCUCAAAAAUUCAGAGUGACCAUGGAGGAGAAUUUGAAAGCAGAGCUUUUGAAGACUUCUGCAACGAUCAAGGAUACACUUAUAAUUUUUUCUGCACCACGCUCACCAAAGCAAAAUGGGGUUGUGGAAAGGAAGAACAAAACUCUCCAAGACAUGGCAAGAACUAUGCUACUAGAACAUUCAUUGCCAAACCAUUUCUGGGCAGAAGGCGUAAGUACUGCUUGUCACAUCCUCAACCGUUGCCUCAUAAGGCCAAUUCUGAAGAAGACCCCUUAUGA